UCCUACAUUUCUUACACGAGAGGAGAGGAUAGCCAAAGCUCUCUGUCUCUCUCUCUCUCUCUCUCUCUCACACACACACACAUAAUAUAAACUAUAUACAUCACACACACACACACACACAAAGAAUACAUAUAUAUACAUAUAUACCCAUUUUUGGAUGUGAAAAUCGAUCUCCACGGGCCACGCUAUCUUUAGUUUUCUCUCUCUUUCACAUAACAUAUACUAAUAAAAUUUAUUUAUUUAUAUAUAUAUAUAAAUAAUAAUCUAUGGCAAUUCAUUUCUAACAAAGACUGAGUUUUGGUAAACAAGAAAAAGAAAAGAGAAGAAAAGAAGAGGGCUUCAGCCCUCUGCUUCCCUAUCUAUGCCUCCUCUCAGAUCUUGAAUUUAAUCCAUUUUUCUUCUGGACCUUGAUUCUUUGGGGUUUCUGAUUGUGGGGGGCUGUUGAUUUUCGAUCUGUUAAAGAUCAGAUUGUCUCCUGUUGAACAAGAAAAUUUGCCCAUUUCUCGUUUAAGCAGGAGAAUUUCCAGGUUUCUGUUGUGUAUUAUUUUCUUCAAGGUGUACAAAGAAUGGAAAUGGAACCUGGGAAGUUGUUCAUUGGUGGGAUUUCUUGGGACACCAGUGAAACUUUUGGUGAAGUGGUGGAAGCUGUGAUAAUGAAAGAUCGCGCUACUGGCCGUGCCCGUGGUUUUGGUUUUGUUGUUUUUGCCAAUGCUUCCAUUGCUGAGAAAGUUGUCAGGGAAAAGCACACCAUAGAUGGCAGAACUGUGGAGGCAAAAAAGGCCGUUCCUAGGGAUGAUCAUCAAACCUUUAACAGAAACAAUGGCAGCAUCCAGGGGUCCCCUGGUCCUGCUCGUACAAAAAAGAUUUUUGUAGGAGGGUUGGCAUCCACCGUCACGGAAAGCGACUUCAAGCGGUACUUUGAUCAAUUUGGAACGAUAACGGAUGUGGUGGUGAUGUAUGACCACAAUACGCAGAGGCCUAGAGGUUUUGGGUUUAUCACUUAUGAUUCAGAGGAAGCAGUGGAUAAAGUUUUGUUCAAGACCUUUCAUGAACUUAACGGAAAAAUGGUUGAGGUUAAACGGGCUGUUCCAAAAGAGUUAUCUCCAGGGCCAACACGAAGCCAAUCAGGUGCCUAUAACUAUGGCCUGAACAGGGUGAACAGUUUCCUUAAUGCAUAUAGUCAAGGAUAUAAUUCAGGUUCUCCUGGUGGCUAUGGCAUGAGAAUGGACGGUCGAUUUAGUCCAGUAACUGUGGGUCGAAGUGGAUAUCCUCCCUACAGCCCCUCUAAUUGUAACAUGGGACUGAAUUUGGACACUGGGGUAAGUUUAAAUUAUGGGGCAAGUGGAGAUUCUGGUUUGUGCUAUGGACGUGGGAUGAACUCUUACUACAGUGGAAAUACAAAUCGAUAUGGUAGUCCUGUGGGCUAUGAUAUGGGUGUUUCUGGAAGCGGGCCUUUGUUGAGUAACACAAAUCGAAAUUUGUGGAGCAAUGGAAGUCUUAAUUAUGGUACGAACUCAGUUGGUUCAAAUGCUUUUCCUGGCUCUGGAACUGGAAAUGCUGGCUUGGUUGGUAAUUUUGGAAAUAUAGGGGAAAUUUGGGGUUCGUCUCCUGUUUCAGCCCAAGCUGGGGGAAACGGUUCAUUAAGCAGUGGAAAUAUCGGCUAUGGCAACGGAGAAAACAAUUUUGGUGGCAGGACAGGUUAUGGCAGAAACAAUGGAGUCAGUGCUGGCCUAUCAUCAUCAUACUCCGUUCGUGAUGGGGGUUUGGGAAACUUAUAUGCAAGUGAGUCCUUAUACGGGGAUCAUGCUUGGCGUCCGUCUUCUCCUGAGCUGGAGGGCCCCACCUUUUUUGGUUAUGGCCGCAGUGCAGCUGCAGCUGCAGAUGUAACACCUAACAACUCUGUUGGUUACGUUGGGGGUUAUACUGUCAAUGCUAGGUCAAAUAGAGGAAUUGCAGCCUAGGGGCCAUAUUACUGUAUGCAACACUCUAUUAAGAUUAUAGUAGGCAAUACAUACAAGUGGAACCAAAACGGAGGAGCAUGAUUCACACAUGUUCCUUGGUGGAGAUAAACAGACUACACUGAAUACCCGUUGUACACAACUCAUUCCCAUGACAAAGAUUUUGUGUAAGAGUUCAAACUUGAGCUUUCCAAUAUAGGAUUUGUUUCUUGUAAUUUGUCGGAGACGUGCAGGAGGGUAUACCCGGGGGAGAUAAAAAAAAAAAAAAAAGUACAUUAUAUCGUGCAUCAAAUUGUUGACAUGAGAGGCCUCUAUUCUUUUUGUGUAGACUUUGGUAUUAAUUUUUGUGCUGUAAGGUCACAAAAUCCCCAGUUCUUGGCAGAUGGAAGAGUACAUUAUUUUUUUCAUGGUUUAUCCCUAUUCAGAUGCAUUUAUACUCUU